CGGAGAUGUGUAGUGUCGCCGCGCACUCACUAAGUUAAUGUACUUCUCAAACAUCUGGUCCUUCACUCUCCAGCAGACCAUUUUCAUGUUUGUUGUGAGGACGAGUUUUUCGGCUGCUGUGCCCGACGAACGAAUAUUUGACCUGUCCACAUCUUUACUUCGAGACCAUCGAUUUUUACAGUUACAUCCGGUGUCCUGAAUAUACACUACAUGCUAUUAUGGACGGCAUGAGGGAAGAGGAGCCAGCCAUCAGUCAUGAAGUUGCCGCAUUCUACAACGAAAUUCGCGGUCUCGUCGUCGUUUUCCUUUUCUUCGUCACUCUCUUUUCAAUCGCACACAUGACUCUGCAGUAUUUCAUUGCCAAACCAGACGCAGAAAUGAAAUAUGAACGAACCGAUCGAACAGUCCAUCAACUCGUGCUUGGAGUUUGCACAUUUACACUGACAAUAUCGUUGACCGGUUAUAGUCUAUUGCCCUGUUCCAUUGUAAUCAACGAGGUGCUGCUCAGUUUCAAUCAGUCCUACUACGUUCAGUGGCUAGAUACUGGUUUGGUGAAAGACUUGACGUUGGUUGUAAAUAUGGGUACCAAGAUGGUAUGUAUCCUGCUUCCGUUCUCCUAUUUCCUACUUAUCGCCCAAGGUUUUCGGGGUACCACGAACGCAUUUGCAUCCCGUCUUGUUGAAGCUGUGUGUUUACUUGUGUUCUCCUACAUCCUAGUUUUGGGAACAGUCUGGUCUGCAGGUUUGUUCCUUUCUUCACUGCACGCAGUUCUUCUGGGACACUCAAAACUGUUUUCCCGUGUGCCAUUCUUCUCAGUCCAUCCGGUAACAUUUAUUCAACGUUCACUGCACACCCACACGUGGUCCGAGUUUUUGACUUCUUUUAUGUUUCAAAUACUUGUACGUUUACUGGAGUCUGUACAGUUGGUGUCAUCUCUUCUGGGGUUGGGAUUGCUUUUCGCGUGCACCCCGUUUGGUCUCCUUAGCGUUGGCUAUCAUUUAUUGACACUUUCCAUUACGAAGCUUCCCGAUGUGCGAAUUACAGCUCCAUUGUUAGACGACCAAUUACGGGAAAUGCAACUUGAUGCCAUGUGUUUAAAGGACGCAAGGCAGACGGCGACAAUUCUACUGUCUAACUCGCCAGUCAAUUGGUACGAUCGACUGGCGUUGCUCACCUACAGAGAGGUCCCUCCAUCAACUCUGGAAGACCCUAACAGCUUGAUCGACUUUUUAGACUCUCAGCUACUUCCUCUUCAUUUAAAAAUCCUUCAAAUGAAGCGUCACAUGUCUUCCGAGCUUACACGAUUAAUUCAAUGCCUUGUUCGUCCGAUGGCACCUUGUGUUAUCUUGUGCAUGAUUGUAGUCUUACUAUAUCUCAUGCAAUCUUUUGUGAUAUUCAACAUAUUGGAGCUGAUACGUAAUCUGUUUGGUACAAUCAUCCAUUCGGUUUCACAAAUCUCUACUGAGCCGGACCCCGCCGAGCCACUCGACAUGUGUGCUGCCAGUUCGACGUUUGCAUUAGGACGAAAAUCCGCGUCCGUUUUGGGCUACUUUGGGGCCUUCCUCCAGAUUUGCGUCAUUCAUUUCCUCCUGUUUGUCAGCCUUUGGGGAUUCUAUGCUACACCAGCUGCCCGAUUUCUUCGACCAAAACCACAUUCUCUAAGUUUGGAGGCGAUUUUGGGCAAUGUGGUCUUGCUCCUCCUGUUCAGUUCAGCGUUACCUCUGCAAUCCAAUCUGUUAGGGCUUACUACACUGACUCUGCCUAAUUCACUGAAGGCAAACUACCGCCCCUUUGCGGCUGUUUACUCGGAUUACUGUCCUCGGUCUGAUGCCUACCAGACUAGCCUAAGCCUAGCAGCCCAAACUUUCGAGAGGGAUUCGCUAUCGGGAACAAGUUCCCAGUUUUGCGAGGCGCAUCCUCUUUCAUGUCCAUCUCCGUCUUCCUUCGACACGGAUUCACCUCGCGGGGAGGAAAAUCCAUCUGGUGCACAACCCGAAGACUCGUCCCAAGGCUUAUCUUUUUGGCGUGCUCUCCUCCCUAUCACUUUUUAUCCUUCCUCCUCCCACAUCGACCUCAUCAACGAUGCACUUCCCCCAUCACACAGCGCCCCUCGUACUGGUCAAGCGUACGACUCUGGUUCGAGCGUAAAAGUCGAGAAGUCUCUUUGGACUCAGUUCGUCUCACGAGCGUUUGGCGUAUCCGAACCAUCUACUACCAGCUACGGCUUGAUAUUGGUGAUGUUACUUUACAACCUGUGUUUUCUGAUAACUUCCGUUUGGGUAGCUGGACGACGUUUGGGUGACGCCGCUUUAUCCUUCAGCUUGGAAAUGGUCACCACUUUUCGGUAUCUCCAUACACAUAUCCCCAUACAACAAAGUGGUCGCAGCUCCACGUCCUUCUACGAGGAGCUUCCGUUACCAGUUACGAACUUACCAUCCGAACAAAAAACGUAGUCCAUCCUUCAUUCAGCAGUCAGUCAGUCAUCCAGGAUUAGGAGAUUCAUCUUACUGGUUUUCAUCAUUCUGGAACUGCCACUACCACUUCUUUCAGUGGGGAUGCAUUUCUCCACCCACUCUGUUUCGAAGGCAAAAAGAGGAAUAAUUUCCCCAUUCGCUGUACAUGUUUCUACCUUAUUUUUUCAUCUCAGGCCUACCCUCUCUGUUUCGGGAAACCCAUUUUUAUUUAGUAGCUCCUAAAUAUCUGGAUUCGUUCAAUCUCUCCUACGUGUCACCUUAUACGCUGCUAUGCA